CUUGUGCAAAAAUGUUUUGUGAUUCAGAUCUCUGCUGCUGUUCCAAUCUCCCAUGAAUCGUCCCCUCUCGCACCUGCCGUGGAAGUUGCUUUAGCUAUUGUUCAUGCCUCCUAUCCAAAUAUUAUCGGCGUGUACUACUCAAAUCAGAACUAUAAGGACAAAAGCUUGAAUCCCUAUGCUAUCCGAUUAUGUGAUGGUGUUACAUCUGUCUGCGGUACGCCGGCUAUCCUCGUCCAAGUUAUAAAUUGGAACCUCAGCCCAGACUGUGAAAGCAAUUCACUGGCAGCUUAUGUCAAAGAUGGAGAAAACUGGAAAGAUACGCGAAUGUGGAUCACAUUAUAA